AAUUCGAGAGAUAAAGAAGAAAUAACUCUCGUAAAUAAAUAAAAUUAAUAUACGUUAAAUACAAGUACUCGCAUAAUCGUACUAGCGACUCGUAAAGCUAUAUAGGAAGCUUCUUACAAUGAUUGCGGCAGACGUAGUAGUACAUAACGUUUUAAAUGAGAUCUCAGUAGAUGGUGACUGGGGCUCCGAUAUACAAACUCUUGUGAAAUACAUCAAAGCACAGUUAGAUCCUUCGGUAGAUAUCAACAAUGGUCCGUUACUUGAAUUCUUCUGGAGAAUUCUCACUCAACAAUCCUCAUUUCAAAUUGGCUUAGCAACAGAACAGUUGAAGCUAGCCUUAAAGGAAAAGGCCCCUCCGAUAUCUUCUAAAGAUGGUAAUCAAGUUAUCAUGUUUGAGCUACUCAACUUCGAUGAUACACAAACAUCUCUGGCCUCCCUUCUUGAACGAUACGGUAACGAUAUUCGCGUUCGUACUGAUAGUGACAUGAAUUGGUUUGUGAUAACUGGUCUUAAUCAUAAACCAGCAAAACUUAGCCAAAUGGUAUUGAGUGUGCUCACUUUUAUCUCUAGAAGUAGAGAAAAUGGUAUCACCUUUAUGCAGAUCAGCAAGAUGACCGGUUAUGACAGCAAAACUGUAUUUUAUUGUGUCAAAAUACUUAUAGAAUUGGAUCUUGUCGUAAAAAUGCACACUGUCUACAGAGGUAGCACCACAAAUGUUGCUAUACAUCGUAAAUUUUUGGCCAGCUCACCACACUACCGAGCACAUGCACUCACAGAAGCGGAACCUGCAAAAAAUGAUUCCGACAAUGAAGCAAUAGAUUUUGAAGAAACAGUACAAGGUCGUGACGCCUCAGGUCUACCAGAAUUCUCAGAAUUAAGUAAGGAACAUCUCACCAACAACAAUUUGUUGAAAGGCCGUAUCUUAAAACUUAUCAAUAGCUGUCCGAACAAGAUUAUUCAACAUAAGUAUAUAUUUAACAAAAUAGGAUUUAAAACAAAUAGUAAACCUAUUCAAAGACUCGUUGCACGUCUCAUAGGCAGAAUGGUUGCAGAGGGUUCACUCGAAAAAUGUGCUACCAAAGUUGGAGGUAGGGACACACGUGUUAACUGUUUGCGAAUUGCAGAUGAUGAUAACGGAUCAAAGUCGUCUGAGAAAGUCAUUGAGGAAGAUAUGAUUAAAUUAGAAUCUGAUGAUGAAGAUGAUGAUGAUGACGUUGUUUCAGAUAAUUUUGGAGCUGGGAUUGCUAUCACAGUGGAAAAACAAAUAUUAAACCUUAUACAUGAAUCAGGUAUUGAAGGGAUGACUAUCUCUUCAGUUAUUAGCGCGCUUCCUACUAUCAAUAGGAGAACUGUCGAAAACAUCCUUUUGCGUCAUGAGACAGAUCAUGAUCCAGCUAGCCUCACCGACCUUGCACUAAAAUCAACCACAGAAAUGAAUGGUCGAGAGCGCAGGCAACGAUUUUUUACUCGCAAGAAUUAUAUACUUUUAGCAGAAAAAGAAGGGUUAGAUAUUCCAGUUGAAGACUUGGUUUCCGAUCAAUCUGGUUCAUUGAACGUUAUUAAUUCUGCCUUGGGGUGUUCGUCUCGUCAAGAGUACCAGGCGUCAGCAACUCGCAUGAUAGGAUCGAUCGGUGGGCAGGUGGCUACUCCUAAAAAACUUGGUAGACCUCCGAAAGCGGAAUCAUCCAAAUCAGCAAUGCCUACACCAAAGCCUAAAGGUCGUCCUCGUAAGUCUGAAGCAAGCCAAACACCAUCAGAGGUACCGAAGAAGAGAGGCCGUCCACGGAAGUCCGAAAUCAUCGAAGAUCAACCUAAAAAGAAAGGUCGUGCUUCAAAAAAUACAAUAGAAAUAAAUGAUGAUGAUGAUGAUGAUGAAAAAACUGUAAAGGACGUGACAAAGAAACAUUCUGAAUUACAGGAAAAUGUAUCUGAAAGCAUACCAUUGAAUGCUACGCCAGAAGAAACACAGCCCCCAUCUGAAGUGUCUUUAACAACAUCACAAACUGCACCUCAAAGAGCUUAUCACAAUCCUGAACUUGAUAUGGUCGGUGACGAUAAUAGUCACAUGUCAACGCCUAAUAAAAGACAACAACUAAAUACACAAGAAGUCGCACAUAAUACUAUCAAUGUUACAAACGAUGUAGAUAAGGAUUCAUACCUUAAAAAACGCAAACUUAGAUCAAGGAAAAGUGGGAUCGCUCCUAUUUUAAUUGAUGUCGAAGAUGUUAGUCAAGAUCAUAUAUCAACAAAACGAAAAAGAGUUCAAAGUCCACAAGAUAGUGAUGAGUCCGAUGCAUAUGAACCAGGUGAAGACCAUGAUGAAAAGGAAGACGGGACUUCCGAAAAUCAAGGUGUCGAAGAUGAGAAGGGUAAUAUACAGGAGCCUCAACCAAAAGUCAUAACUGAGGUUGAAAAUCAAGUAAACAAAUUACAAUAUGACACAUCUCAACAACAGAACGCAUCCGAAAUUAACGAGCUAGAUGUUAAGAGGGAUGUAGAUACUGCCAUUUCAGAUAAUCAAAUGGAAUCAACUAUGACAUCAACAUCAAAAUUAGCAAAUGGAAUCCCUAGAAGCAAGACAACGAAGAAAGCUAUUCAACAAAUGCGAGCAUCAAGAACAGAUCUUUCACAACAUCGUAGAAUUCAAGAUUUAUACAAUGCAAUAAAGGGUGCUGGUGGUAUGGUGGAAGCGGUGCGCGAAUUGUUUGAUGUGUAUCAGAAGUAUGUACAUGGCCCCAAUCACGAAACUGCUGCACAAAUCGAUAGGCCAGUUGUUAGAAAAACUCUCAAUGUGUUGUUUAAUGAAGGUAAAUUGAAAGAAACAAAGGUAUCCAGUAGAACUUAUGGAGGCGCUUCAAUGCAGAAAAGACUUAUUUACGUAUCAGAUAUUGAUACACAUUCGGAGGCUUUUCGCAAAAAGAAAGAAGAGUUGGGGCAAGAUUUAAUGAAGAGAUACCAACCUAAAGCGUCUUUCAAAGAAGUAGACACCGAAAAUAUCGGAUAUAUUAAUUUUAGGAGGAAAUAUGCUGCUGACAAUUUACCUGAAAAUUGCACUGAUCCAUCGCAAAAAGAAAAUAUCAGAAACCUGAUCUUGUCUGAUGUUAAAGCAAUGGCUAGGCUUCAUGGUUACAUGACCGGAAGGUUUGCAAAAGCACAUACUUUGUACUCCCUUCUAUCGCAAGAAAUGCAGCAGAAGGAUCAGUUAUCUAGUAAAAUGAGCGACGAUGAGCCUAUCGUAUGUAUGAACUACUUCAAACGUGACAUACCAUUGAAUAUGUACAUGAAACUAAUUCCUUGGACAACAUUCGAUGAGAUGGCGUUUGAAUACAAGAAUGAUCCUUCAAAGAGUAAACUGAGGAUUAAAGACCUUCCAGAGCAUUUACAAGAACUUGUCAGUCUAUCAUUUUCAAAGAGACGUCACUUUAUUACUGAAUGUGUCCGUAUCUUAUGGCAUUUGAACCUUGUCGAGCUCAUGGAGGAGAUCGAAGUAACUGAUGAAAUAGUAACUGAUGUUAGUAAUCUCAAGGGUGUAAGGGAGUUAAAGACACCAAACAGGCUCCUUUAUUUUAGAUUGAAGAAAGAUGGUCUCUUUCUAUCUUUUGAAGAUAAACCCGUACUUAUCGAUGGUAUGACGCUCAACACAAACGAAGAUAUAGAUAAGUAUUUUGAAAGGUUGAAAGUGCUUGCGUUGAGCAGUCAAGAUGCUUCAAUGACAGCAAAUGAGAAAUCGAAGAAUCCGGAUAUGACGAACUUCUCACAUUUUGCAUCGUAUAUUCAAAAGCAUCAAAGUUGGCAAAAUGACAUGAUGUUAUCAGCAAUGCAAAAACGCCUCCUUGCUAAUUAUACUGGGAAGAGAAGUGACAUACCACGCCCAGGUACGGAGGAGGAAUACAAGGAGAUUGCCUAUACCUGCGGAGCACCUUUACCACUUGUGAAACGUUAUAUAGAAGAGGAAACUUCCAAACAAGAAAAACUUAAAUUGGGAGUAACUCUUCAUAGACCUAAGAAGAACAAAAACACAACGAAAAAGCUUAAAAAGUCUUCGAAGUAUAGCAGGUCCAUUGAUGCGAAAGUAAAAAAAGCGCGUUCUCGACACAUGAGAAGCGAAGAAUCUGAAAAAGAUAGCUUUGAGGAUGCUGAAGAUGCAGCAAUAGUGGAGCAAAUACGCGAGUUUAGAAAGAAAAACGAGAAGAAAAAGAAAAGUAAACCAACAAAAGAGAACCCCUAUAGGCUUGAUCCACCUCUUUCUGAACCACCUGGUAAAUCACCUGAGGAGCUUAUAGAAGAGCAUAAGAGACUUUUCCCUGAAGGUACAAGUGCACGUCAAACGAAGAAUUACAGCUAUUGGAACCCUGAGACUGAUGAAUUAUUGCGUGAUUCAAUUGCUAUCAUAAAAGCUCGUACUAGGAAUCACAAGAAUCCAUCUUUGUCUGCAGCUUUACACGUUUUCCCGAGAUUUAAGACAGGUCAGUUGAGAAAUCAUGAGAAGACGUUACUAGAGAAUCGUGAAGAACAUGUCUAUAUAGAGCGUUUGGCAAACGAAUAUGAGAGUUUAUGCAAAGAUCUUGUCAAAGAAAAGAAAAUGGAGAAGAACAGGUCAUUAUCUCUUGAUAAAAUUGAUUUCAUUGAGCAUUUAAAGCUAAUCAGAAUCUAUAUUGAUAAAAGAGCAUUAUAUAUUAAUACAACCUCCACAGGAAAAGGCUCGAGCAUUUUGGAAGUACCUGAUGAUGUACAGAGCUUCUUUGAUCAAUACGAUAUUGCUGAAGAAACUCAUCACGCUCAGCAAUAUCAAGAUUUACAGUCAGUAUUAUUUGACACGGCUCAAACUGAAAUUGCAAGAGAACAUGCUUACUCGAGAAUGGUACUCUUCGAUUCAUAUGAGAACUGUAUUUCAAGACCAGUGAAUACAAUUGAUGAAUUAAAUAUUAGGCUCAGUGAAGUUGCUAUUAAAAUGUCAACACAUGAUAGAAGUGAAGGACACAUGGAAAGGUCUCAAGAAUUUCUUAAGAAGAUACCUGAUGAAGCCUUUCAAAUUUCAUUCAAGAGAAUUAAAGAUGAAAAUAUCCUUUAUUUACCUGCAAAUAAAAGUGGUCCAACGGCUUUAUAUGCUUUCUCUGAUAUAUACAAACAUGAUAGUCACGGACCUUGGCAAGCAGAGUUUAUGCAAGACUUCUUUGAUGAUAUAAUGAGUGUUCAAAAAGGUGAUGUUAAUAAUUGGCCAAUAGUUGUUCAGGAGUCGCUUCAAGCAGCGCUUUUAAGUUGUAUAUCCUCAAAUCAAAUCAAAUGCAGCAUCAAUAUUGAAAACUUUAGUGCCAGAAUUGAUAGUAUUGGUAGUCGUGACGUUCAGGAUGAUGACUAUGAAAAUAUUAUCACAUUCACUCCCAGCAAUGCAGCAGGUAUUCAGUUACCAUCAGUACCGCAAUACGUAUACACACCGUCUAUGGAAACUGAUGAGUGUGAUGACAUUUUAUUGGAUCAAUGUGGUCCGAUUGGUUUACUAAAAGGUGAAAAAUUGACAGACAAAGAAGUGAAAAAAAUGUUGAACACGUCUUCGGCUUUUAUUACAGGUUAUGAUGCAGCUAGGCUUGUAAAGUCAAAGUUCGAAAAGAAUUGGUGUCUAGCUAUAGGUGACAAAUUGGUUCAUCCGCGUCAAUGGAUUGACUUAAAAGGAAACACUGUGAUAGAAAUAUGGAAUAACGUGUUAUUCGCAAUAAUCGGUAUCCUGAUGAUCUACCCUGGUAUUUCGAUGGUACAGCUAAGAAAGCGGUUCGAAAAAGCUUAUGAUAGGCUUGAAAUUAGCGAUGCACUUAAUGGCUUAUUGAGGAAUGGGUUUGUUGAAGGAAGAUCUCAAAGCAUUCAUGAAGGCAUACAGUUACGUAGCCUUGAAGAUGAGAGUACUACAUAUUUAUUCUUGAGAGAAGCAUAAUUUAAUUAGUUGUACAAUAUCAAUACAGUUCGAAUAUUUAUUUAAUUGUCUUCAGCGUCAAUUUGAUGGUAAUGUUCCUCUUCAGCAUCUCUACUAGCGAUUUGCUGUACUCUCUUAGCUAAUCUAUGAUCUUCUUUCAGAUCACGCAUUGCAAUGCUACUUCUACAACCACUAUAGGGGCAUAGCUUUGUUGAACCAUUUAGAUAGGCUUUAAUUGAUUCAAAUGAGUAGGAGUGAUUACAUUUCGUGGAAGUAUAUGGAUUCUGGAAAAGACCGAGCGUGAUAGGGUCAUUGAAAUUUUGACGCAUACUACCUAUCUCGAUAUCAGAGUCAUCGUCAUCUGAAUCAUCAUCCUCCCUAGGUAUCAGUUUCUUAAUAUUUGGUACAACCUCGUCAGGUUUGGAUACAGCCCAAAUAGCAUUGUAAUAAGAUUGAAUUUUACUGUUAUUUGUAUACUUUUGACGCGCAGUUUUAUUAUCGUAUUGCGCCUGACGACUAUCAAACUUCUGUUGGAAGACAUUCGCUGGUUUGACAAUCUUUGCGUCAUUUUCUAUCUCAUUUACUAUUUCAUUAGCAGUCUCUUGCUUCAUUUGAAGGCGAUUUUCGAGAUCUACGAGAGAUCUCAUAUUAUUAUCUGCUGUAGUUUCUAGAUGCUCCCAGCCACCAUUUGGGUCAUACCGUUUACAGUAUUGAAUCUGAGUGAUGAGAUCAACGACGUUCUCAGAGGCUGCGUCUAUCGGCACUCUCUUCCAAAGAGAAUUUAAACUUCUUAUGGAAUUUCUAUCGUUUCUCCCGAUAUCUGCGUCUUUAUCAUAAUCUACGCUCAUCGUUAUCACUUUUAAAGCGCUCUUCUCUCUUGAGAGUAAACGACCAUCAAUAAAUUGAAUAGAAGGAAAUGUCGGUCAUGAAUUCCUUCUUAAGAUCUUUUACUAGGUUAAACCUACGCACCCAAUAUCAGCAGCCAUCCACUGUUUUCACUCGGCGGUCAAUCUCAUCAACUCCUACCAACUUUGCUACUUUAAACCAAAUUAUGAGAGGAGCUCGUAAAUCAUUCACAAAAGUUUCUAAAGCACCUGCAUUAGAGAAUAAUCCACAAAAGAAGGGCGUUUGUACAAAGGUUUAUACCACCAAACCAAAGAAACCAAAUUCUGCCAUUCGUAAAGUUGCUCGUGUAAAGUUAUCAAAUGGUAGAGUCGUUAGAGCAUACAUCCCAGGUGAAGGUCACAAUCUGCAGGAACACAGUGUUGUUUUAUUACGUGGUGGACGUACUCAAGAUCUUCCUGGUGUUCGUUACAAAAUAAUAAGAGGUGCUUUAGAUUUCAGUGGUGUCGUCGGUCGUUCAUCUGCGAGGUCAAAAUAUGGGUGUAAAAACCUAAAGAUUUGUAAUCGCGUUAAAUAGUAGAUAUAAUG